AUGGAACUGGCUCACAGUGAGCGCCACCCUGGCUGUCUUCCCCUAGCCUGUGGGCGUCCUCGGAUGCUGAACCGGAUGGUAGGCGGGCAGGAUGCCUUGGAGGGCGAGUGGCCAUGGCAGGUCAGCAUUCAGCGAAAUGGAAGCCACUUCUGCGGGGGCAGCCUCAUCACAGAGCGGUGGGUCCUCACCGCAGCACACUGCUUCUCCAACACCUCUGAAACAUCGCUGUACCAGGUCCUGCUGGGGGCGCGGCAACUAGUGAAGCCGGGGCCACAUGCCAUGUACGCCAGGGUGAAGCGAGUGGAGAGCAACCCCCUGUACCAGGGCAUGGCCUCUAGUGCCGAUGUGGCCCUGGUGGAACUGGAGGCGCCCGUGACCUUCACCGAUUAUAUCCUCCCUGUGUGUGUUCCUGACCCAUCAGUCGUCUUUGAGACAGGCAUGAACUGCUGGGUCACCGGCUGGGGCAGCCCCAGUGAACAAGAGCGCCUACCCAACCCACGGAUCCUGCAGAAACUCGCAGUGCCCAUCAUUGACACGCCCAAGUGCAACCUGCUCUACAGCAAAGACGCCGAGUCCAGCUUCCAGCCAAAAACCAUCAAGGAGGACAUGCUGUGUGCGGGCUUCGCUGAGGGCAAGAAGGACGCCUGCAAGGGAGACUCAGGGGGCCCCCUGGUGUGCCUUGUGGGCCAGUCGUGGAUGCAGGCUGGGGUGAUCAGCUGGGGCGAGGGCUGCGCCCGCCGGAACCGCCCAGGCGUCUACAUCCGGGUCACCUCCCACCAUAAUUGGAUCCAUCGCAUCAUCCCCAAACUGCAGUUUCAGCGGGCUAGGUCGGGUGGCCAGAAGCGGGGCUCCCGGGGCCAUCAGCUCCCCAGUAGGAACUUAGCACCCUGCCUGGCAGCCCAUGGUAUCCUCCUGGUCCUCAUGGCCCCGCUCACCUUCCUCUGA